AUGCUGCUGGGUGGGGUAGUUCUCUCUCCUUCUCUGCACGCCUCCAAAAAGCGUGCGGUCUUCUCCAGCAACUCUCCCGCCUCGUGUCUGAAGCAAUUCGUGAGGCAAGCAGUGUCUGAGCCGAUCAUGGUGCAAACGGGAUUUGCAAUGUCUCUAGCACUCUCUGCCCUUGAAGCUCUCGGACAGCACAGAUUCAUCAGAGCCCCGAGCAUCACGUUGGCUUGGAACCACCUGCGGACAGUGGGUAAUUGUGGAGGUACCCUGGGCAAAUGCGACGCGUAUGAGGACUUGAAAGCUUUGGCGAAACUUUCAUUUGCAACCGCGCCGCAUUUCUUCUGUGCUUCAAGCUGGCCAGCAAGGCGCUCGCACCUGUCUUGGGUUGGUGCGAAGGUGGCAGCAAGGACUGAUCGGGAUCAGACCAGAGGGCACCUCAACAGAGCUGUGCUAGGUCCUACAAGGUCCUACAAGCAGCUUGCUUCAACUCAUGGGUUCUUUGCGACGAAGCACUUGGAAGCAACACAUGGCUGGCGACCUUGCGUUGAUGACAUGGCAGCGGCUUUGCUGCUGGUGGGAACCGUGGAACUCGUGGAAAGCGGAGUAUGUCUCCCAGUAUGA